AGAUUAAUUAUUGACCGAGACGUCCUUCUUCUACUCUGAUUGGUGGCGGAAAAAAGCAGAAUUGCCAAAGAGAAGAGAAAACCACUCUCAUUAAGGAAUUUAUGGGCCCCCUACCCCUAAAGUAAAAGUAAAGGUGAUAUCCAGGAAAUCACCUCCUUCGUAACAGACCUCAUAAAAUGCAGUAGCAAACUUCUCCAUCCCACUACACAACACAAGCAAUGCCUUUUGCUGCUAGAGAAGAAAUGUCAUCAUCUACAGUGGUAGAGUCCGUGCCUAAGCUGAAUCUCCUCAAAAUAUCCAAACACCAUCGCCAACAAGCUGAAGAAGACGACCAAGAAUCAUCUCCGGCGACGGCUCAUGACGCCCCCAUCGUUUCCCCCUACAACGCCCGGAUCCGGCCGCUGCUGGACACCGUAGACAAGCUGCGCCACCUCAAGAUCAUGCAGGAAGGCAUCCAGCUCCCCACCAUCGUCGUCGUCGGCGACCAGUCCUCCGGCAAAUCCAGCGUCCUCGAGUCCCUCGCCGGCAUCCGCCUCCCCCGCGGCGACGGUAUCUGCACCAGAGUCCCUCUCAUCAUGAGGCUCAAGAAUCACCCGAGCCCCGAGCCCCAGCUCUCCCUCGAAUUCAACGGCAAAACCGUUCAAACCGACGAAGCCAACGUCGUCGACGAGAUCAUGUACACCACUCAGGAAAUCGCCGGCAAAGGGAAGGGGAUCUCCAACACCCCCUUGACUCUCGUCGUCAAGAAGAAAGGCGUCCCCGACCUCACCAUGAUCGAUCUCCCAGGAAUCACUAGGGUUCCGGUCAAGGGCCAGCCGGAGGAUAUCUCCGAACAGAUCUCCAACAUCAUAAUGAAGUACAUUACGCCGGAGGAGAGCAUAAUUUUAAACGUUCUAUCCGCCGGCGUCGAUUUCCCGACGUGUGAGUCGAUUCGGAUGUCGCAAAAAGUGGACAAAACAGGGGAGAGGACUCUCGCCGUUGUCACGAAAGCUGAUAAGUCGCCGGAGGGGCUGCUCGAGAAGAUCGUCGCAGAUGAUGUCAACAUCGGCCUCGGCUACGUCUGCGUCAGAAACCGCAUUGGCGACGAAACUUAUGAAGAAGCUCGGGAUGAAGAAGCCAACCUCUUCGACAAUAAUCCCCUGCUUUCGAGGAUUGAUAAGUCCAUUGUUGGGAUUCCUGCUUUGGCAGAGAGGUUGACGACUAUUCAGGCCAACAUUAUCGUCAAAUGCUUGCCUGAGAUCGUGCGCAAGAUCAACGAGAAGCUCUCGGCCAACGUGGAGGAGUUGAAUAAAAUGCCCAAGCAUCUGAGCUCCAUCGCUGAAGCAAUGACUUCGUUCAUGAACAUUCUCGGCUCCGCGAGGGAAUCCUUGAGGAAGAUCUUGUUGCAGGGCGAGUUUGAUGAGUUUUCAUCAAAUGAUGAUAUGCACGCUACUGCAAGACUAGCUGAAAUGCUCAACAAAUACUCAGACGAGCUGCGCUCUGCAAAAUCCGGCAACGAUUCCGAGGAGAAUUUCUUGGUUGAUGAAAUUAGGGCUUUAGAGGAGAGCCGAUCAGUCGGCCUCCCCAAUUUCAUCCCCAAAUCCGCAUUCCGCACUCUGCUAUCGAGGAAAGUGAAGGAGAUUUCUUCGACGCCGUUUGACUGCGCGGAGAAGAUAUGGAGCUACAUACAGACCGUGGUGGUCGCAGUGCUGCUGCAGCACUGCGACAACUACCCGCAGCUCAUCUCGUGCACGAGGCGAGCCGCGCAGAAUCUCAUCUCGAGGAAGAAGCAGCAGUCGGUUGAUUGGAUAAGCGACCUCGUGGAGAUGGAGAAGCUGACGGACUACACGUGCAACCCGGAAUACACGGCCUCGUGGAACAAGCUGAUGGCGGAGCAGGGCGGUUUCAUGGAGAGGAUUCGCGGGAAUUUUUUUCCUUUGGCGAGCAUUAGCAGAUACGGAGAAGUGAAGAUUGCGCAUCUGCGGGGGCUGAACUCGGACGUGGUGCAGGCGGCGUAUGAUCUGAAGAUGAGGAUGGCGGCGUAUUGGGACGUGGUGACGAGGAGGAUGGUGGAUAACAUGGUGCUGCACUUGCUCUUCAGCGUGCAGAAGCUGGUGAAUAGGGAGAUGCAGAAGGAGAUCAUCGAUGAGCUGAUGGGGCCGCAGGGGAAUGGGCUGGAGAGGAUGCUGGAGGAGCUGCCGUCGGUGUCGGAGAAGAGGAAGAAGCUGCACAGCAGCAUCGGCUUGCUCAAGCAGUCCAAGGAUAUCGUUGCUGGUAUCAUGGAUCGGAUUUCUGUCGAUUUUGAUUGACUCAGUCUGUGUGGAGAUGUAAUGAACCUUAAUCAUGCAUCGUUUCACUAUUAUGUUAAAUAAGAAUGCUUAUUGUGAUUUUGAAUUUACGAUUUAUAAGAAGGCUUAUUUGAGCGAA